AUGAUGAGUCUGAGAAGAGGAGAAAGGCAAGACUCGCCGGCGGCGUACAACGUUGUUCACAAACUGCCGCACGGAGACAGUCCUUACGUCCGAGCAAAGCAUGUUCAGCUUGUGGAGAAGGAUGCGGAAGCAGCGAUAGAGUUGUUCUGGAAAGCGAUCGAAGCGAGAGACAGAGUGGAUAGUGCUCUUAAAGACAUGGCCUUGUUGAUGAAACAACAGAACAGAGCGGAAGAAGCCAUUGAAGCUAUUCAGUCCUUUAGACAUCUUUGCUCGAGACAAGCUCAAGAAUCACUCGACAAUGUCCUCAUCGAUCUCUACAAGAAAUGUGGGAGAAUAGAAGAGCAAGUUGAGCUGUUGAAUCAAAAGCUUUGGAUGAUAUACCAAGGAGAAGCAUUCAACGGCAAGCCAACAAAGACAGCGAGAUCUCACGGGAAGAAAUUCCAGGUCACGGUCGAGAAGGAAACCUCUAGGAUCUUGGGAAACUUGGGAUGGGCUUAUAUGCAACUAAGGGACUACACAGCGGCUGAGACCGUGUACAGGAGAGCUCAAAUGAUAGAGCCAGAUGCAAACAAGGCUUGUAAUUUGUGCACGUGUCUCAUCAAGCAAGGGAAGCACGAUGAGGCGAGAUCGAUUCUGUUCCGUGAUGUGCUACGAGAGAACGCGGAAGGGUUUGGUGAUUUGAGGUUGAAGGCUCGUGUUCAAGAGCUGCUGAGUGAGCUAGAGCCCCGGGAAGAAGAAGAAGAAGAAGCAGCGGUUUUAGCUUCUGUGUCUUUGGAAUGUGAAGUUGGUAUGGAUGAGAUCGAAGGGCUUGAUGAGUUUGUGAAAGAAUGGAGGAGGCCUUAUAGGACAAGAAGACUUCCUAUCUUUGAGGAGAUCUUACCACUGAGAGAUCAAUUAGCUUGUUGA